UUCAUUUUCUUGUAAUCUAGACUUUAAAAAGUUCUUUGAGUGUGACAUAGACGAAACAAAGUAUGUAGUGUACUAGAUUACGUUGGCGAAUAAAGCUGUUGUUUGUUUAAAUUUCAGUGUCAAAAGUCCAACUAAUAAGAGAAGUUGUCAUCUUUGAGAGUAAGACGAGACUCUAAACAAGUCAGAAGGUUCGAGGAAGAAAAGAUUCCGACGUUACGAUUCAGCUUUGAAAAUUAACUAAGCUUAAAUUUUUCUUGGAGCAAUUUGAUCCAAUCUUUCGGUUUCAGAUUCAUGGUUGGUGAGAAUCAAUCAAAUUGGGCAGAGUUGGAGUAGUACUUCAACUUGCAUUUGCUUGCAAUAAAAGGAGAAAAUUUCUGAUUGUUUCUCGAGAAAAUCGGUUUAAGAGAGGAAAAAUCGGAGAUGGGUUUGUUCGACUCUGUGAAAUCGAUCAACUGGGAACUCGAAUCACCUCCGGUUUACCAAGAUUUUCGUGUUCUUCCUCUCUUCGCAGUGUUCUUCCCUUCGAUUCGAUUUCUCCUCGAUAGAUUCGUCUUCGAGAAAUUGGCCAAACAUUUGAUAUAUGGAAAACAGAGACAGAAUAUGGGAGAUGAUGCAACCGAGAGAAAGAAGAAAAUCAGAAAAUUCAAAGAAUCGGCUUGGAAGUGUGUUUACUAUCUAUCAGCUGAGAUUCUUGCUCUAUCUGUUACUUACAAUGAACCUUGGUUCAUGAACACUAAAUACUUUUGGGUUGGCCCUGGAGAUCAAGCUUGGCCUGAUCAACAAACCAAGUUAAAGUUGAAGCUUUUGUAUAUGUUUGCGGCUGGGUUCUAUACAUACUCCAUAUUUGCUCUGGUUUUCUGGGAAACAAGGCGUUCUGAUUUUGGAGUUUCAAUGGGUCAUCAUAUCGCAACUCUUUUCCUUAUUGUCCUCUCGUAUGUAUGUAGCUUCUCUCGUGUUGGUUCUGUUGUUCUGGCACUUCACGAUGCAAGUGAUGUGUUUCUUGAAGUCGGGAAAAUGUCGAAAUACAGUGGAGCUGAAGGAAUCGCAAGCUUCUCUUUCAUUCUUUUUGUCUUGUCUUGGAUCAUUCUCCGCCUCAUAUACUAUCCCUUUUGGAUCCUAUGGAGCACAAGCUAUGAAGUAGUUUUGGAACUGGACAAAGACAAGCAUCCAGUCGAAGGACCAAUCUACUACUACAUGUUCAACACUCUCCUCUACUGCUUGCUUGUUCUUCACAUUUAUUGGUGGGUUCUCAUGUAUCGGAUGCUUGUGAAACAGAUACAAGACAGAGGCAAGCUUAGCGAAGAUGUCAGAUCUGAUUCUGAAGGUGAAGAUGAGCACCAAGACUGAUUGGUUGAUUGGUCUCACGCCGUGUUCUCUUAACAAUACCAGAAUUUGUUUUGUUUGUUUUGGAUUGAGGGUUUUAUUCUCAUUCUAGUGAUCUAGAACGAGAUUGUAAUUUUAUCAAACUGUUAUUAAAUUUCAAUAUCUGUAUUUAUUGUAAAUUUGUUGUAUUGUAUUGUAUUCAUUUCUAGUUUUGAAUCAAUAAUAAAUAGUCUUCUUCUUCUCUGUCUGAA